UCUGUCUUUUGUCCGUAAAAUAAAAUAUACAUAUAUACAAGACAGCCCCAGCGCCGGCCAAUUCUUUGCAUCCACAAUCAAAACUGAUGUUUUCUAUGUUUCUGUCGAUCUUUAAAACUGAACACCCCAAAAACUAAAACCUACCACAAAAUUAUAACCAAUCUUUUACUCUCCUCACACUUAAUCUUAAGCUCAGAAUUAAUGGAUCGAAGGUCGAGCAGACAAAGCAAAGGGUCUCUAAGCCUACAAAAAAAGAUGGCGGAGACACGACGUAAGGAGAAACCAGCGCCGGACCUCACGGACUUUAUGAACGACAUGUUUUUUGGAGCAGUAGAUCACGUGGACAACAAAACCUACGACCUCACAGGUAGUAAAGGAGUGAACGUGGACGAGGAGGAGGAGGACGACGAAGGGUUCGACGACAGCACUAGAAGCAACAGUGCAAGGUUGACGCAAGAGUGGCUGCAAGAGGCACGACUCAUCGUGGGUUCCUCUCCUUCCCGCGGUGGAUCUCCGAGUCGUCUUUCAGGGUCCCCAAGGUUCGCAGCACCACAACCACCCUCACCCCUUUCCUCAUUGGACCACAGAGACUCUCUCUCUAGAACUAGGUCUGCACGAAGAUACAGAACAGGGGUAGGGAUCAGUGACGAGAUACUGUCAAAAACAGCCAGACACACUCGUAACAAAUCCGACACUUUCGCUCAACCCUCAUCGGACGAGGAUGGAUCCCCUGCAACGGCGGUUCACAACUGGUUCUCCAACAUCCUUAAACCGACCAAUAACAAUAACACACAACACACAACUCCUUCUCCUCCCGAUAAUACCCUUUUAACAUCUCUCCCUCCACGUCAGCCGCAUCCUCGAAAGUCACGCUUCCAAACGGAGCCCUCUGCUGCGCCUCACCCGCAGGGCAUCCAAACUCCCAACUCCAGGCGAACCUUCAAGACUUCUGCUCCGGAGAAUUCUCCUUCCGAUUCUGUUCCUCUUUCUCCGCCCAGGAACCUCGUCGAGUCUGCUCACCGGAGGACAAUAUUGUCUUCGACGUGCUCGCGGGAAAGGAUGGCGCCGAGGCAUGUUGCUGCAAAAGGAGAGCAAGCAUGCCUCAACGGCUUCCUCAAAGAGCAGAGGACUUUGCUGCACAAAAUCUCCACCGGAGAGUCCCAUGCAAAUGUGCAAAUCGUGCUUUCUGGGCCUUCCAACGGCACGGCGUCGAUGGUGGCUGCCAUUUGCCACGCCUGGCUCUUGGAUUACCGGCAGAAAGAAAAAGAGGGUGGCAUGGUGGUGGUGCCUGUCAUGAAUGUUAAGCGCGGCUCCAUGUGGAAGCUGAAGCAGGCUGCGUGGCUCUUUCACCAUGCUGGUCUUGAUGCCACUUCGUUGCUUUUCAUUGAUGAGGUGGACAUGGAAAGCCUUUUGAUGACUGGCCAACUGAGCGUCCUCGUGGUUGGACAAGAUGUCCUGAGCACUACUGGCGAGGUUGGAUCCCAAUGCACAGUGGUUACUGACAAUUACUGUGAAGAUGCCUAUGAUUUACUUGAAAACCCUGUUCUGAAGAAACUAUUGCUUGCCGGUAUUCUGCUUGACACACAGAAUCUAAAAUCAUCUGCAGCAAUAUCGAUGACAAGAGAUGCAGAAGCAGUCCAGUUGUUAUUGGCUGGCUCAGUCCCAAAUUACAGAUAUGCAUUAUUCGAUCAAUUGAUCCAAGACCAGGGAACUGCUUCUUUUAUCGAAGCUUUGAACCAUAGUUACGGGAAAUCUCCGACUGAAUGUGAAGAAAACAGUGAAGGAAAGACGAAGAAUAAAGUUCGCGAGAGAAAGUCAAGCUCUGUAUCUGAUCGCGAACCCACCAUAUCAAGUUCAAAAACAAAUUCCUCCGACACAAGAAGUUCUAAAGCUUUCAAGGUUUCCCCAAAUCCAGUCAAACUCGUUACGCCACCUUUGCUAUCUCCUUCUCCAGCUCCAACACCACAACAUGCGGAAAAGGAGGCCCCACGUGGCAAAAACAAGUUCUUCUUGGCAAGGUGGUUUGGUUUUGGUUCAAAAUGAAUACGUCUCGUCCAUCAAUGCCAUUGCCAAUGGCAACUUAAAUUUUGCAAAUUCUUCCUGUUAGCUCUUUAAAAUUUAUUAAUGAUUUUUUACUCCAAUAGCCAUCUGUGAAAGUACUUAAAAUCACUACUAUAUCUUCUUUUAUCCACGCAGUUCACUUCAUC